CAGGACCCGUGGCUGGCCAGUCCACAUCCAUUGUCCUCGUGGGAGAAUGGACCUCAGAAUGGGGCAGGGACUUCCCACAGUCCUACAGCAAAAGGCAGUGGCAGAACCAGUUUCGGGGCCCCACUUCCUGACUGACCGAGGUGUUAAAUGAUCCCUUAGCAGGCACUGGAACGGUGAGCUCCCUGAGGCCCAGGAGUUGAGUUGAGGGGGGUCAGACCAACACCAGGACCCAAAGACACUCCAAUUUCUGCACCAGGAGAUGAGGGUCGGUAGAGCCCUGGAAUGGAGAUGUCCUUGACACCUGGGCAGAAGCUGCAGCUGCAGGACCCUGUGGCCACUGGAGAUAAGUAAUGGUGCCAUUUGCGCACCUACUGGAAACGGGAAAGGAACAGUGAGUGACCCCAGGCGAGCACAGGCAGGUGCCAGGAGCCAGGAUGCAAGGAUGACGUCUCCGGAGGCCCUGGCCUCCCUCCCGCCUGGGCGCUAGGAGCCAUCCCGGGGCUCCGGCCAGGAGCCCUGCUGCCCAGGGGCAUGGCCAAACCUUUCUUCCGACUCCAGAAGUUUCUCCGCCGAACACAGUUCCUGCUGUUCUUCCUCACGGCUGCCUACCUGAUGACCGGCAGCCUGCUGCUGCUGCAGCGGGCCCGAGUGGCCCUCCCACAGGGCCCCCGGGCACCUGGCCCCCUGCAGACCUUGCCAGUGGCCGCCGUGGCCCUGGGCGUGGGCUUGCUGGACAGCAGAGCGCUGCAUGACCCUCGAGUCAGCCCAGAGCUCCUGCUGGGCGUGGACAUGCUACAGAGCCCCCUGACCCGGCCCCGUCCCGGCCCCCGCUGGCUCCGGAGCCGCAACUCGGAGCUGCGUCAGCUGCGUCGUCGCUGGUUCCACCACUUCAUGAGUGACUCCCAGGGACCGCCCGCCCUGGGCCCCGAGGCUCCCAGGCCCGCCAUCCACAGCCGAGGCACCUACAUUGGAUGCUUCAGUGAUGAUGGCCACGAGAGGACUCUGAAAGGAGCUGUGUUUUAUGACUUGAGAAAGAUGACUGUCUCCCACUGCCAGGAUGCGUGUGCGGAGCGGUCCUAUGUCUACGCCGGCUUGGAGGCCGGGGCGGAGUGUUACUGCGGGAACCGGCUGCCAGCGACGAGCGUCGGGCUGGAAGAGUGUAGCCAUGAGUGCAAAGGCGAGAAGGGCUCUGUGUGUGGCGCUGUGGACCGGCUCUCCGUGUACCGUGUAGACGAGCUGCAGCCGGGCUCCAGGAAGCGGCGGACCGCCACCUACCGCGGGUGCUUCCAACUGCCAGAGAACAUGACACACGCCUUCCCCAGCUCCCUGAUACAAGCCAAUGUGACCGUGGAGACUUGCUCGGGCUUUUGUUCCCAGAAAGAGUUCCCCUUGGCCAUUCUCAGGGGCUGGGAAUGCUACUGUGCUUACCCUACCCCCCAGUUCAACCUGCGUGAUGCCAUGGACAGCUCACUAUGUGGCCAGGACCCUGAGGCACAGAGGCUGGCAGAAUACUGUGAGGUCUACCAGACGCCUGUGCAAGACACUCGUUGUACAGACAGGAGGUUCCUGCCUAACAAAUCCAAGGUGUUUGUGGCUUUGUCAAGCUUCCCAGGAGCUGGGAACACAUGGGCACGGCACCUCAUUGAGCACGCCACUGGCUUCUAUACAGGGAGCUACUACUUUGAUGGAACCCUCUACAACAAAGGGUUCAAGGGCGAAAAGGACCACUGGCGGAGCCGACGCACCAUCUGUGUCAAAACCCAUGAGAGUGGCAGGAGGGAGAUUGAGAUGUUUGAUUCAGCCAUCCUGCUGAUCCGGAACCCAUACAGGUCCCUGGUGGCAGAAUUCAACAGGAAAUGUGCCGGGCACCUGGGGUAUGCAGCUGACCGCAACUGGAAGAGCAAAGAGUGGCCGGACUUUGUCAACAGCUAUGCCUCAUGGUGGUCCUCGCACGUCCUGGACUGGCUCAAAUACGGGAAGCGGCUGCUGGUGGUGCACUACGAGGAGCUGCGGCGCAGCCUGGUGCCCACGCUGCGGGAGAUGGUGGCCUUCCUCAACGUGUCUGUGAGCGAGGAGCGGCUGCUCUGCGUGGAGAACAACAAGGAGGGCAGCUUCCGGCGGCGUGGCCGGCGCUCCCACGACCCUGAGCCCUUCACCCCGGAGAUGAAAGACUUGAUCAAUGGCUACAUCCGGACGGUGGACAAGGCUUUGCGUGACCACAACUGGACCGGGCUUCCCAGGGAGUAUGUGCCCAGAUGAUAGGCCCGGCCCACGCCGCCGCCCCCGCUGAGUGAUGCAAUCUCACCACGGGGCUGUGCACCCCACUCUGAUGCUCAGGCCUGUGGCCUCACUGGGACGAACCGUGGGUGGGGGACCCACCCUGGUGCUGCCUCCGGCACAAGGAGACCUGGACACAGCAGACACACAUCACAAGGCAAACACAAAAGGACACACCCACCUGGCCACCAAGCCACACCUCCUCAGACACACUCAGACACCACUCCAGGCUCACGGCCCCGUCUUAGUGAAGCCACCCACGUGGGGUGUGCCAGGCGCCCCCAGAUACAAACGCAGCCACGCACAGACGUAACACACAGGUGCCAGGCCCAGUGCUCCUGGAAGCUGGCUGGCUGUCUCUCUCACACAGAUACACAUGCACUCCCUGGGAUCUGGGAGGUCCUGGGCUUCCCGUGUCUAGCCCCGGCGUAGACUUGCUCAUUAGGGUGUUUGACUCUGGGAUGCGGGGCCGGGCGGGCAUUUAUGCUCUGAGCAGCGAGGACCACUGGGAUGGAGGUGGGCGCCAAGACUGCUGCUGCUGGGCUGUGCGGCCCUGGCCGUGUGCCUGACAUCCCAUAAAUGUAUGUGUGGUGUGACUACGGGCACCACAAACUCUGCA